AUGUUCAGAGUGUGUCGAGCGGGUGUGUUGUGCAUGCAUGAUCACCCCGCUAAAUCUAGAGCUGUUUUAGAUAGAGCUAGCACAGCACUUGACGGAGAUAAAGGAAGGACACGUUGUUGACAAUGAGACACGAAGCGCCCAUGCAGAUGGCCUCUGCCCAGGACUCCAGGUAUGGCCAGAAGGACACCUCAGACCAGAACUUUGAUUACAUGUUCAAGCUGCUCAUCAUUGGGAACAGCAGUGUGGGGAAAACGUCUUUCCUCUUCCGUUAUGCAGAUGAUUCAUUCACAUCUGCAUUUGUCAGCACUGUUGGCAUUGAUUUCAAAGUAAAAACCGUCUUCAAAAAUGAAAAGAGAAUCAAGCUUCAGAUAUGGGUCCUUAGUAAAAGGUGUCUGCGGAAUUGA